UGCUGUCUGAUGAUAACUACUUAGACCAAGAGUAUGGUUCUGAACUAACAACAGAAAGAGUUGAGGAAACAUUCUCUACUAACGAACAAGAAGCCUUCACCGAAUUUCAAACAGAACGACAGGCACCUAUUAUGAACGAAGAAAACAUAACUAAUGUCAAUACAUCAGAACCAAAAAAUAGGCACACUAAAAAGCACCUAGGUUCGACUCUUCAAGUCUUAAAAUCAUCACAAAAAAUAACAUCCGACGAAACGAAUGAAGAAUAUUUCAAAAAAGUAAUGUCUAAUAAUCGACAAGGGAAAAAAAUGAAAGCUUCAAAGAAUAAAG